AUGGAGUUGGCUAGGAGUAUGCAGCAACGCAGGCGUUUGGAGGAGCGUGUCAUCAGUCCGGUGAAACACGGGCCGGCUCCACGCAUCUGGCCUCCAGUGCGCCUCACCAGUCCGUCAAAGCACGGCGUCCAGUUCCACUCCAUGGCAGGAGCCCUCCUCUGCGCCGAUGCCCAGUCAAAGCACGGCGUCCAGUUCCGCUCCAAGGCCGGAGCCUUCCUCUGCGCCGGUGCCCAGUCAAAGCACGGCGUCCAGUUCCGCUCCAUGCCUCAGCCCAGACUCACAGCAGAGAGAGAGAGAGAAAGAGAGGAAGACUGUUUGAUUCAUGAUCUACAGAAAGAUAAGUGUUUGCGGUUCAACCCGGAUGCGACCGUUUGGAAGGCCAAGCAGCAGGUGCUAUGUUCUCUGACCGAUUCGUUGCGGGACGUGUUGAACUACGGCUUGUUCCAACCAGCCACCGAAGGCCAUGACGCCAAGUUCCUGGAGGAGGAGAAGAUGCUGAGAGAGUAUCCACAAUCCUUUGAGAAGGGGGUACCAUAUCUGGAGUUUCGUUACAAGACCAGAGUGUACAAACAGACCAAUCUAGAUGAGAAACAGCUGGCUAAACUGCACACUAAGGCCAGUCUGAAGAAGUUCAUGGACUACAUCCAAAGUGGCUCUGUGGACAAGAUGGCCAAGUUCUUGGACAAAGGGCUUGACCCCAACUACCAGGACCCUGACACGGGAGAAACCCCCCUGACGUUGGCGGUGCAGUGUGAGCCGGGGGGAGGGGAGGCCAUACGGGGGCUGGUGCUGGGAGGGGCUCAUCUUGAUUUCAGGUCCAAGGACGGACUCACACCUCUACACAAGGCUGUCCGCAGCCACUGCCACACAGCCUUGCUGACCUUGCUGUCUCUGGGUGCGUCUCCGGACUAUAAGGACCGGCGGGGGCUGACUCCGCUCUACCACACUGUGCUGACAGGGGGAGACACCUCCUGCUGUGAGACCCUGCUCCACCACCGCGCCAAGCUGGCCGUCAGGGACGAGAACGGCUGGGAUGAGACACACCAGGCCUGUCAGAAUGGCAACGCCCAGCAUCUGGAGCACCUUCUUUUUUACGGGGCAGACUCCACUUCCCAGAAUGCCUCAGGAAACACUGCCUUGCACGUUUGUGCUUUAUACAACAAGGACAGCUGUGCACGAAUUCUACUUUACAGGGGAGCCAAUAAAGACACAAAGAAUAACAGUGGACAGAACCCAUUUCAGGUGGCUGUCAUGUCCGGACAUUUUGAGCUAGGAGAGAUUAUCAAAAACCACCGGGACACAUAUGUAGUACCUUUUCUUGAGUCUCCCAAAUACGCCCCUCAGAGGCGAGAGAGUGCGCCGCGCACCCUGGCGCUGCCCCACCCUCACCCCUUCCUGCGUGCCAACAGUGAUAACAGUAUGAACCUGCCUGACUGGAUGGCACUGCCCAAUACACCAGGCUCCAACAUUGUGUCUGUACAGGGCUAUAAGCAUUCAGGUACCAUGCGUAGCUCCAGUAGUCCCCGUGGGGCGCGGACUCGCUCCCCGUCCCGAGGGAGAGCAGGGGAUAAGGAGGACAGGAGUCGGCAGAGUCGGAGGGCGGGGUCUGUCAGCAGCAAUACGGUUAUGGCUGCAGGGGGCCAGCGGAGGCGUCUCUACAGCGCCGUCCCAGGACGUGUGUUUGUGGCCACGCGCUCCCACUCCGCCCAGGGAGACAGAGAGAUUAGCAUCAGCAAGGGAGACAAAGUCAAAGUGCUGAGUGUGGGCGAGGGAGGCUUCUGGGAGGGCACGGUUAAGGGACGGACCGGCUGGUUCCCCUCAGACUGUGUAGAGGAAGUGGCAGUCCGUAGCCAGGACAACCGCUCAGAGAGCCGCAGUGAGAAAGCCAAGAGACUGUUUCGUCAUUACACCGUGGGCUCCUACGACAGCUUCGACGCUCCCAGUGACUACAUCAUCAAGGAGAAGACAGUGCUUCUGCAGAAAAAAGACAGUGAGGGUUUUGGCUUUGUGCUGAGAGGAGCCAAGGCUCAGACCCCCAUCGAGGAGUUCACUCCCACCCCAGCCUUCCCAGCACUGCAGUACCUGGAGUCUGUCGACGAAGGAGGCGUGGCCUGGAGAGCCGGUCUGAGAAUGGGAGACUUCCUCAUUGAGGUGAAUGGUCAGAAUGUGGUGAAGGUGGGACACAGGCAGGUGGUCAACAUGAUCAGGCAAGGUGGAAACGCCCUCAUGGUCAAGGUUGUCAUGGUAACACGCAACCCUGACAUGGAGGAUGGCCAGAGAAAGAAAAUCCCCCAGCAGAGUAAAAGACUAAGUACUCCGGCCAUCGCUCUCCGCUCCAAAUCCAUGACCUCAGAACUGGAGGAGAUGGAAUUUGAGUCUUCACAAGUUACAGAGAAGAAGAGGACAGUCUAUCAGAUGGCUUUGAAUAAGCUAGAUGAGAUCCUGGCAGCAGCUCAGCAGACAAUCAGCACCAAUGAGGGGCCAGGGACGCGGGGUCAGGGGGCAAGGAGAGACAGGAGCCAGGGCUCCUUUUACGCCAAUGAGCCAAAUUACGACCAAUCAGAAAUGGGGAUGACAGGGCUGGGCUAUGACCGCGCCCAGUUCACAUCAGGCCACGCCCCUCCACACGGUAUGCUGCGACAGAAAUCCAUCGGGGUGACUGAAGAGGAGAAGUCCCAUCUCAAUCCUCCAGCCAUGAAGUUUGCCCGAAGUCUCUCGGUUCCCGGCCCAGAUGACAUCCCCCCGCCCCCCACCACCGCCCCGCCAGACCCCCCCUUCUCCUCUGCCCCACCCCUGGGCUGGAGAGGGUGCAAGUCUUCCCAGCAGCCCUCUGUGGCCGUGUCCCAGUCCACCUCCACGGCAGCCCACUACCAGCUCUACUCUCAGUCUGUGCACUUCACCCACGGGGGCCGCGAAAGGGCAGGGGGGUCCAGUACCGGCGCUGGAGGAGGAGGGGUGGACCACACGCACCAGUACUCUAAUGCCCCCGCCCACUCCGCUCAGAGCAGGACUGCCUCUAGGAAAGGGGGCUACCCAGGGGAGCCUGUUGGAUCAGGAGGGGGAGGAGGAGUGGGGGGGGUCAAGGCUGCAGGUCUAAGGAAGGGCUACAGUAACGCCUCCCCACCUUCCAGCAGUGCUACGGUGAUGCCCCAGCAGCAGCAGACCACCCAGAGCCAGCAGCAGAGGGCAGACCGCAGUGCGGCUGGGGGGGCUGGAGAGGGGGUACCUAAAGGAGGGGGGGCGCGGAGAGGGAAGGGCCCUCUGGUGAAGCAGUCCAAGGUGGAGGACCUGCGGGCUGGCCAGGGCACGCUGGGGGGCAAGGCCCCAAUGGAGAAGAGCUCCAUCCCCAUCCCCACCAUCAUAGUCAAGGCCCCCUCCAUCAGCAGUGGCAGUGGCCGCAGCAGCCAGGGCAGCAGUGUGGAGGCUGAGCCCACCCUACCAGAGGAGACUGACAGAACCCAACCCCUCCACGGACCCCCUUCCACCCCAGCCCCGCAACCCCCUGCUCCUCCCUCCAUCCCGGCCCCUCCACCGCCCUCCCUCCGAGGCCAGGAUAGUGACUUCACCAGCCAGUUUGGGGCGGCCAUCGUGGGCGCAGCCCGCCGGGACAGAGAACGCUUCCAUGAGGCCCGCAGGAAGAGCGCCUCCAUCUUCAUGUCUGCCGAGGAGGAGGUGGGGCCAGGGGGAGAAGGAGGAGGAGUGGCAGGCAGGACUCAGGCCUCCCAGCAGCAGCAGUUCAGCCCCCAGCCCGGUGGCCCCUCCCCACGCCUCCGGCCCUCCAAGUCCAUCGACGAGGGCAUGUUCUCUGGGGACACCUUCAUCCACCACACCCGCAGCAUGCCCCCUGCCUUCGGUCUGCCAGAGUACUCCUCCCCGGCUCCAGACUACCAGCCCAAGUCUGUUCCGGCUGACUUCUACGGGGCGUCAAGCCGGCAGCAGCAGCAGGUCCCCUCUGGCACCACCUUCAUCCACCCCCUGACAGGAAAGGUCCUGGACCCCUCGUCCCCCCUGGGCCUGGCCCUGGCUGCCAGGGAGCGGGCCCUGAAGGACGACGGCAGGAUGAGGAGGGAGAGAGGGACCGAGCACCAGUUUGUACGACAGAUGUCCAGUGUGGUGGCAUUCCCCUCCCAGGCCACCUCCCCCACGCCGGCUUCCUCAGCCACCCAUCCCUCCAGCUCCUCCUACCUGGUCACCUCCUCCUCCCUAGCCGCCACCACCUCCUCCACUGGCCGACCCCCCUCCCCCAGGAUCCUCAGGGGUGCAGGCUGGGGCGAGGAGGGGGGAGGAGGGGAGCGGGAGAGGGAGGGUGGCGGGGCCAGAGAGGGGCUGAGGGUGCGCUUCUCUGAGGACAAAACAGUCCACACGCAUCACUACCAGUCCCAGCACUACCAACCCACCUACAGGGAGGAAAGACAGAGGGAAAGGUCGAGAGAGAGGGAGAGGUCGAGAGAACGAGAGCGGGACAGAGAGGGGUACAUGAGGCAGCAGACAGCCCCUACCCAGCAGCCCCCUCAGCUGUCGUCCCAGCAGCCUCGCCAGGCCUCGUUUCUGAGGAUGGAGAGUGAGGCAGGCUACAUCCUGUCUCUCACCCCUCCAUCUCCCCCCGCUACAGCCGCCCCGUCUCACCCUCAGGGGGGAGGGGGUUCCGGGGGCAGUGGCCUCAUGGUUCUGCCGCCCCCUGCCCCCUCUGUGGAUGUGGAUGAUGAGUUUGUGUUUGCGGACCCACUGCCCCCUCCGCUGGAGUUUGCCAACAGCUUUGACCGGGGUGGAAUGUCAGGUUACACACACCGCGCCAUUAUCAACAACCUGGCCUCCCGCCAGCAGCAGCCCCCACCACCUCCCCCACCACCCCCCCCAAAAGACAUGUUUAUCAGUGGGUUCCCGGCCCACACCCCCCUACCCUCUCCACAGGCGGGGGACUCCACCACCUCCAGCCUUACCUCCUAUGACAGUGAGGUUGCCAACCUGACCCAGUCAGGAAACUCCCCCACUCAGACAUCACCCAACCCCCUUCCUCCACCCUCACCCUCCAGCCUCCAGCCCACAGGACCCCCGCCUCCCCCCUCUGUCUCCCCCCCACCCCCACCCAGCUCCUUUCACAGACCCUCCCUUGCCAUGACCCACUCUCACCACCUCUACAACAGCACGCACACCGGGCGCUCCUCCCCUUCCCAUGGGCGUUCCUCCCCCCCCCCCCCUCCCAAAGGUCGCUUCUCCCCCACCCAGGGUCGCUCCUCCCCCACCCAGGGUCACCCCUCCACCAUCCAUAGGAGCUCAUCCCCCACCCCUCCUCCCCACUCCAUUGCAGGGCCCCCAUCCUACCGUGGUCCCCCUCCCAUCUCCUCCACUGCAGCCUCCUCUGGCCCCUUCCGGGGCUCUGCAGCCCUGACCUCCACCGCUCCCUGUACCACCACCACCACCACCACCACCGUUGCCACCACCACGAGGACCUCAGUCCAGCCCCACCAGGACAGGACACACCCAGCCCCUUCUGGUUCUACAGCGGCCGGCCGCAGGAUAGGGGAGCACCACCCUCACCCCACAGCCAAGGCAGGGGAGUCCCAGGAGACGGUGGUGGACUCUGGGAUAGAGGAGCUGGACAGCCGCAGCAGCAGUGACCACCACCUGGACAACAUCCUGGCCAUGAGCGGAGGAGCCAGAGAGAGGCUGGAAGAGAGGCAGGUUCAGGGAGGGGGGCCGCGCGGCCGAACUACGCAGAGAGACCAGUACCGCCCCGCCCUCCUUCCAGUCACACAGACGGAGGGAGGAUGA